AAACGAGGCAUUAGGCAUGAUUUUGAGUAAUCUUCAGCUGUUCCCUUCUCCUCCCUUCCUUUCCGUCUCACUUGGGACCGCAGUAGUCUUGCGCCCAUGUCUCAAUUGCUUCUAGGAGCAACAAUCGUCCUUUUGAUACUUGUUGCAAUCAUCAGUUUGGACGUCAUGGGCCUCGCAUUUUGGAAGGGUAACCAGUUCCCGGUGGAGGGGAAAACAGUCCUCCUCACCGGCUCAUCCCAGGGCAUGGGUAGAGAAAUUGCACGCCUUCUUUCCGCCCGUGGUGCAAACCUAAUUCUCGUCGCCCGCACAACCAAGAACCUCGAAUCGGCCCUUGAACACGCCAAAGUCCACGCAAAGAACCCUUCAAGUCAACGCUUUACCUACAUUUCCGCCGACGUGACCUCUGAGAGCGAAAACGCGCGCAUACUCGCUGAAGCUACAGCCUGGAAUAAUGGCAAUAUGCCGGAGAUUGUGUGGUGUAUUGCUGGAGCUUCCACGCCAGGACUGUUUAUAGAGACGAGUACAGACACACUGAGGAGGCAGAUGGACUUGAACUACUUUGCGGCAGCCUAUCUUGCCCAGAAGACGCUGCAGGCUUGGCUUUAUCCCGAGGUACCGUACGAAAAUGGCUCGCAUGGCAAGAGCACUGCGCCUGAGCCGCCGCGGAAAUUUAUAAUCACAUCAUCUGCCCUUGCCUUUGUUGGGAUACUGGGCUAUUCACCAUACGCCCCUGCCAAAGCAGCCUUGCGCUCCCUUGCGGAUGGUCUACGCUCCGAAGUCCAAAUGUACAAUGCAGCGCGCCGCUCGAGUAACACCACCACAGGUCAGGUGCCCGCACCUUUCGAUGUUAACAUCCAUGUUAUCUUCCCUGGAACCAUACUCUCUCCCGGGUUCGAGAACGAGGAGAAGACGAAGCAUCCUGUGACUCGCGAACUUGAGACUACAGAUCCCAAACAGACGGAGCUGGAAGCAGCGACUACUGUGGUCAACGGCUUGGAAGGCGGGAACUUCAUGACAGCGACAAAUUGGGUGGUACAUUUGCUGCGCUGGGGAGCAAUCGGUUCCAGUCAGAAGAACAACAUUGUUCUAGACACGCUUGGAGUGUGGAUCGCAACGAUAGUCUGGCUGAUCGUGGUACCGGACUUGAAUAGCAAGGUCUGGAAUUGGGGAAAGAAGAACGGAAUGCCCUUGUUUAAGCAGAACGCACAAUAGGAGAAGUACAGCUCCGUGUUUGUAAAUUGUAAUCUACGCACAUAAGGUAGAAAAUUCACGUAUGAAGUACAUAUUAAGUACAAUCCACACCUUGAGCAAAGAUUCGGGAAUGAUCAAUUUAGGCUCAUUAUCCCAAUCGCUGGGAUAGGCCCUCUACGGACUGUUUGAUACCCCCUGGCAAACAGCACCAAAUUACAACACAACCUACUAGUGUACAUCUAGUACCCUAUUAAGUUACCAGAAUACUCGAAUCGUAC